UGUGUGUGUGUGUGUGUGUGUGUGUGUGCAAAGAGAAAACUUCCCAAAAUAUUGUCUUAAAAUGGCUGCAAACUGAAAUGAGACAACUUGCCUCUUCACUGCAGUGGAUAUUUCUCCUUGUUGGUCUCAUACUGCAGAUGCCAAGACGUCCGACUGAUUGGUGUAUUUAGAGUAUGGGUGUGAAUGCCAGGGACUCACUGCUUUCUACAUGUUUCGACAGUUUUUCUACAGACCAGCCAAACACGUUUUCAGUUCUUUCAUGCUCUCUCUCUCUCUCUCUCUCUCGCUCUCUGACUUAGUCAUAAUCAUCAUACACAGACUCUCCUCCCCUUUCACAUCUCUCUCUCUCUCUCUCUCUCUCUCUCUCUCUCUUUAAUCAGAAAUCAAAAAGAGCACACAGACUCCUCCUUCUAUUCCCCAGCUCUCCCUCUUUCUCUCUGUCUACCUCUCUUUUUUUCUCAGAUACCCCUCUCUCACUCAUGCCUUCUCCCUCUUGUCACUCUUGUAGUGGACUGUACUGACAGAAAUGUGGACAAUCAUCCUCUCGCUCUUCCUCUCGCUCCAGCCCGGUUCUGCUGAAGAAGUGAUGCUGCUGGACACCACUGAAUCCACUUCUGAACUUGGCUGGACAACUUAUCCUGUAACUGGGUGGGAUGAAGUGAGUGUGCUUGACGACAAGGGCAAGCUUAUCCGCACCUUUGAGGUAUGCAACGUCAAUCAAAACCAGCGUCUCCAUGACAACUGGUUGGCCACUCCCUUCCUGCUCAGCUAUUCAGCUCCACGGAUUUUUGUCACUCUACGCUUUUCCGUACGUGACUGCGCCAGUCUGCGUUCACCCUCGCCAACCUGCAGGGAGACACUCACACUCUAUUAUAGGCAGGCUGACUCUCAGAUUGAAGUGGAGAAAACCUGGAGCGCAGAGCCUUUGAGUGGGGAGACCAGAGAGGGCUGGGUGAAGAUAGACACCAUCGCAGCAGACAAGAGUUUUAGCCGUGUGGAGCCAAGUCUUCCUCACCAGUACAAGCCAGACCGGACGCGCCGCAUCAACGUGAAGACCCGCAGCUUUGCCCCCCUCACACGUCGCGGAUUUGUGCUGGCUAUUGUAGACAGUGGAGCAUGUGUGUCACUCAUGGGUGUGUCCGUCUUUUACCGCCGCUGUCCAGCAACAACACUGUACCUGGCUUCUUAUGUGGCCACGCCCUCAGGGGCAGAGCCUACAGCUCUGGUGCCAGUGACUGGGACUUGUGUACCUCACAGCCAAUCGCAGGGCGGGACGGCACCCCGGAUGCACUGUAAUGCAGAGGGUGAAUGGAUGGUGCCUGUAGGAGGGUGCACAUGUGACGCAGGAUAUGAACCAAAUCAUAAUGGCUCUGCCUGUCUAGCCUGUCAGAUGGGCUUCUAUAAAGCCGUGUCGGGUUCGAUUUCAUGCACUGAAUGUCCAGCUAAUAGCAGAACCAGCUUGGAGGCUUCUAAAGUGUGUGAGUGCCGCAGUGGGUUCUACCGGGCGCCAAGUGAUGCCAACACCACGGCCUGCACUGCCCCCCCCUCGGCCCCUGUGUCUCUGUCCUGGGAGUACGAGAGCUCAGAGGGAGGGGUUUCUCUACGCUGGAAGUCCCCGCUGGACCUGGGUGGUCGGAAUGAAGUGACAUAUGGAGUGGUGUGCAGAAUCUGCCCCACAGCCAUGCAGAUACAGCCUAGUGUCUGCUCCUGGUGUGGAGAUUCUGUGACUUAUAUGCCUUCUAAAAGUGGCCUCAGACAAACUAAAAUCACCCUCAGCAAUCUACUGACCCGAGUCACCUAUCUCAUACAGGUUCAAGCUAUGAACGAUGUGUCCCCUCUCAGUCCUUUCCCACCACAGUUUGCUAGUAUCAACUUCACCACCAGCCAAUCAGUACCUUCUGAGGUUCCCAUUCUGCAUCAGCUCAACAGUGCUCCAGAUUCUAUUACUCUGUCCUGGCCUCAGCCUGACCGGCCCAAUGGAGACAUCCUGGAGUACCAGCUCAGAUAUUAUGACAAGAGCUCUGAUGAGAGCAGUGCAACCAGUGUGUUCACUGAGACCAACACAGUGACCGUGUCUGCUCUGACCCCAGGCUCCAUUUACGCCUUCCAGAUCCGAGCUCGCAAUGAGAGAGGCUAUGGCCCUUACAGCAAUUCGGUUUACUUCAGCACUCUGGCUAUGGAAGAGCAAUCAAGGCAAAUUCAGAGCCGCCUGCCUCUGCUGGUUGGAUCUAUGAUGGGUGGAGCUGCAUUUCUAUUAGUUGUGGCAGCAGUCGUCAUUGUGUUUGUCUUUAGGACUAAAAGGAGAGAGAGCCAUUACAGUGACAGACUUCAGAGAUAUAUUAGCAACCGAGCUGGGGUAAAGUAUUAUGUGGAUCCUUCCACUUAUGAGGAUCCAAGUGAGGCAGUCAAAGAGUUUGCCAGAGAAAUUGACCCUGCUCACCUGAAGAUUGAGGAAGUCAUUGGUGCUGCUCAGUUUGGUGAGGUGUCCAGGGGAAGAUACAGACCUUUAGGCCGUAGAGAAGUGUUAGUAGUGGUGAAGACUCUGCGAUGGGGAGUAACAGACCGUGAAAGAGGAAUGUUCCUCAGCGAGGCUGGGGUCCUGGGCCAAUUCGAUCACCCCAAUGUGCUGAAGCUUGAGGGUGUGAUCACACAAACUCCUCCUGAGCGCAUCAUUAUGGAGUUUAUGGAGAACGGCCCCCUGGAUGCCUUCCUCAGGGAAAAUGAGGAUCAGUUCAGUGUGUUGCAGCUGGUGGGUAUGGUGAGAGGCAUCGGAGCAGGAAUGUGUUACCUUUCUGAGAGGAACUUUGUGCAUCGUGACCUCGCAGCUCGAAACAUUCUGGUGAACUCAAACUUGGUUUGUAAGGUCUCCGACUUUGGUCUGUCACGGCUCAUGAAGGACCUGGACCACAAUAUGCCCACCUACACUGCAUCACUGGGUUGUAAAAUACCUAUAAGGUGGACAGCUCCUGAGGCUUUCCAGCAUCGUAAGUUCAGUUCGGCUAGUGAUGUCUGGAGCUUUGGGAUCCUCAUGUGGGAGGUGAUGUCAUAUGGAGAACGGCCAUAUUGGGACAUGAGCAACCAGGAAGUAAUGAAGGCAGUAGUUGAUCAGUAUCGUCUUCCCGCACCUAAUAGUUGCCCUCCUGUUCUACACGCUCUGAUGCUGCAGUGUUGGCAGGCUGAUAGACAGAACCGUCCCAGAUUCGACUCUAUCCUCUCUUCUCUAGACCGUCUCAUACGUCACCCUGCAUCCCUGAAGGCUGAGCAUGCUCGCCCCACCCAACCCCUGCUUAGCCCCACCUCCACAGAUCUGUCAACAGUGACGACAGUCAGCGAGUGGCUGAGUGCGCUGAGGAUGGACCGCUACAAGAAUGAAUUCGAGAGAGCACAGCUGCACAGCCUGGAGAGAGUGAGCUUGCUCACUAUGGAGGAUGUGCAGGCAUUGGGAGUGAACCUGUUGGGUCAUCAACGGAAGAUUGUGAACGCAGCACAGCAGCUCAGGACUCAUCUGACUCAGGGACAGGUGGAGGUGUAGAGGACUUUGCCAUCCUUUCUUGUGGACAUUAUAAUACACAGAUGUUCAGUCUAGCCUACACAGCAGCCCAAGCCAUGCAACACAAGGAAGGUCAAAGGACCAGGUGUUAUGGCAUGAUAAGAACAUAGUUUUACAAUAUUUAUUUGCACAUCAAUCUGUCAGUAUCUCUCUUGUUCACACACCAAUUUUCUCUCUUUCUUGUCAUGCUUGUUUAGGUGUUCAUAUUCCUCUCUCCUUUGCCUCCAUUGUUUAUCUGUCCAUAUUCCUGUCUGCCUUGUUUCUCCAACACUCCCACACACACCCCCCCAAAUGUCCAUUGUCCAUUAAUGCAGAUUGCAAAAAAAAACAAACAGCUGUAAGCUAAUGCCUGGGGAAAAAAAAAAAAAAAAAAAACGAAAACAAAGGGAGUUACCACUACAGUCAACUGCAAUGAUAGUCGAUGGCAUUGUUUGACUGACUGUUUGAUUUAAUUUAGAAGUUAUGCAUCUUUCAAUUGGCUCUGGAUGGUUGCUAAUUUAAAUACUAAUUCAAAUGAGUAAUUCUAAUACUAAUUCAAUUAGUAAUGUUUCCAUUUUAUUCCAGGGCUUCUCAUCUCUAAGGAUUAAGGAAACCUAUUCCUCUAAUAUACAUAAGGCUGCUCAUCAGUCUUUCAUAAGCUGAGUCACAUUUGUUUUGAAGUAGAGAACACUUACAACUGUGCAGGACAGUGAAGUUGAGAUGCUAGAGCUGAUUAUUGUAAUCAUAUAAUUAUAUGAUUAUUGUAAUCAGUUGCUUUGGACUCACUCAUUAAUUUCAAGGACCAAUCAGAAAGGCAGAUUUGUUCACUUUCUUCCUGAUUAAGAGGUGGAUGCAAAUUAAGACUUUUAUGUCUGUUUAAGGUAAUUUAUGCACCUUUUAAAAAACACAUCACUACCAUUCAACACUAUACCAAAACCCCUUUAGUUUUGCCCACUUUGCAAUUCCUAGUCAGGCAUUAAGUAUUCAUUUUUGUAUUCAUUACAUUACAAAAGGUUAUGUUCAGAUUACAAGGCUGAGGUGGCCCAAAUCCAGAUUUUUGCCUAGAUAUGAGUUUGAUUGUGGUGUUGUUGUUGUUGUUUCUGUUGUUGUUUCAAAUAUAAUUUAAACCACUUUCAUGUGUGAUCCUAGAUUGCAGUCAUAUCUGAUCCAUGAUUAUGUGACCGUAUUAAGAACUAAUUUCAAAUGAGCUUUUUCUUAUAGUAUACUACACUACAUGUGCAGGUCAUUACAGGCUCUAAUUUUACACACAAAGGAACUACAAAACAGUGAAAGCUAUGCAUUUGUUUUUUUGUUAACUAUUUUUGUCCCAGUGAACCUCUAAGCAAUGAAGGCUUAUACUGCUGGUUCAUUGGUUUUAUGUGCAUGAUGGUCAGAUUCAGGCACCGUUAGCACUAAUGUCAUAUGUGGGUCACUUACACUUGUAGAAAGGAAUGCAGGAAGCAUCAGAUAUGUGCUAAAUUCAGCACUAGAGCUUGACUGUAUUAGGGAAUUGAAAGAAUAUGGUAUUUUUUACAGUUAUUUGCCUGCAAUCAUAUUAUUAACAAUAGGCUGUUAUAGUGUAAACUGAGGUACAUUACUAUAAUGUUUUAGCAACAAUAUAUUACAAGAAGGCCCUUAUUUGUGCACUCAUGUUGUACACUGAUAUUUAUCAUUUUUCACAGUAAAAUGUAAGGUUUUAGUGUCAGCUAUGGCAGUCCUUAAACAAAUGCCGUUCACUGUUCAGACAGUAUAUCAUCAUUUGUCACUUUGUCACUUCAUGAUAGGAUUCAUGCACAAUUUCAGCCACAUCACUGGAGCCUGAUUAAGGCCACAGAUUAUCAAGUGUAUUAUCCUUGGGUACUGUGUAUUGAGCUGAGUAGAGGGCAAGCUUCUGCAUUACACUGAAUUGUGCAAUUCAUGAAUAGAUAUUAGAUGUUGUUUCAUAAUUCAUGUUUCUUGUAACGUAACUUACGCUAUGUGAAAGGUUUAGCACAAGUGCACUUAUUUACCUCUCUGCAAUCGAGUUGCUGUAGCACACAUGAAAUUAUUUCAGUGGAAAAUAAUAGUAAUGGUUUAGCUUGUUUUAUUUAAUUUCUUAAUUAGAAUCAUUCAAAUUGAACCAAAUUAAUUAUUAUACAUAAGAUGCAGCUUUGCAUAUUGGUACCACGUUCAUCUGCUAAUACUAUUCCAUCUGUCAUAUACUUGUUCCCUUGUAGAAUGAUGUGUGUCGACUUGCUAUCAAUGCUGACUAGUGGAAUUUACUGUGCAUUUUGUAGUGACAUUCAAGCUUAUAGAUAGGAAACAUCUAUAGAUGUUUGGCAUGGACUCCACAGGUUUGUGCAAAUCCUUAUGAUUCAUUUUAGAUCAAAUCCAUCAGCGUGAACACAUGCUUCAAUAGAAGAAAUGAGGCAUGAGGAAAAUCUGACCUUUUGUAUGAAGCAGUUAACAUGGAAUUAAUGUCUUAACAUUAAUACCAUGAAUUUGCUCACAAUUAUAUAGGGACCAAGAAAUAGUGCAAAAUCUUGAAUAUUAAACAUUCAAAAUAUUGAACACUUACUUUCUUUGUUUGAAAUAUUUCACAACUAUAAAAACCUUCUGUUUAUGUCCAAUUUUAAAUGAAAGAAAUAUCUCAGACUUUCAUACUG